AUGCCCUGCGUCCGCACCCUCCUCGGCCUCCUGGCUGCUCUGGGGGUCUGUGGCGCUGUCGCCUUCGUCGGCUACUGUGUUUACUUAGACCGGAAGCGGCGCGGGGAUCCCGCGUUCAAGCGCCGCCUGAGGGACAAAAGAAGAGCCGAGCAGCAAAGGACUGAGGCGCGGGCCGCGCCGUUGUGGAAUCCAGAAAAGAAUGAAAAAUGGCAACAACUUUUUUUGCAAGAGGUACGGAUGGGAGAACUUUGGUUAUCUAGAGGAGAACACAGAAUGGGGGUUGAACACCUCAGCAAUGCCCUUUUAGCGUGUGGGCAACCACGGGAACUUCUGAAGGUUUUCAAACACACACUCCCUCCCAAGGUAUUUGAGAUGCUGUUGCACAAAAUUCCUCUUAUUUGCCAGCAAUUUGAGGCAGACAUGAAUGAACAGGAAUACUUGGAGGACGAUCCUGAUUGA